AUGCCCGCACGUCCAGAGGAUUCCGUGCAGAAGAUCAAGGAGUCGACGGGGCGGACGCACAAGACUGCUUUGGUAAUGGUGGCGGCUGCGGUCAGCGAUGAGACCUGGUUCAAGGCCAGACUCUCGGAGUACAUGGUGAAGCUGCCAGGCAUGAUCGAGCACGCCCCCAUGUUCCGCAAGUACAAUGAUAUGCUUGCGGGCGGGUGGACCCCCACGCUGACGAACAGUGCGUCUCUCAAGGAUGCAGCUCUAUUCAUUGCUGAGGCUCGCGAGUGCCUUAGGUCGGGAUCUCUGGACGAGUUGCAGAACAGCCUCUACGCGGCCUCUGCGAAGCAUCAUGAGUUCAUGGAGUCCGAACCUACCAGCGACCACGCUGCCAUGCAACAGUGGUCGAAGGCCAUAGAGGAGGCGAGCCUCUGCAUGUCGGGCCACGCUAGCAUCGAGGACUGGAGGGCCGCGGUUGCUGCCAAGCUUGCCAGCGUCAGUGCGGAUAAUAUGAGCGCCCGCAUCUUCCGCGAUAUCAGUGACGCCAAUAUUCUGAACCUGUCCGAGCAGAACGACCUGACCGAUGAGACCAUGGACGCUCUGAGCCGCAUUCGGGGCUCCAUUCCAGAACCUGCGCAGGCGAUGAAGUGGAAGGACGACCAGAGGCCCAUUGUCGAGGCGUGCGUCGGUGGCGUGUUCGACUUCAUCGCCCAGCAGAUUUGCAGCAGGUCUGAUUUGGACAACGAGUUCUUCGCCAUCAACAUGGGCCUGAGCGUCAUGAUGGGCGCCGUGGAGGGCUCCGACAUGGCGAAGGAGGAGGCGAAGAUGUUGGGUGUGUAUCUUACGGCCAGGAGGUCAUGUAUUAGCCUUUGGAGUGACGGCAACGGUGGGCACCUGCUAAAGAAGGACAUCACAGCUUCAGACAACUACCGCAACAAAAUGGACCCGAUGCAGCGGCACAUUAUGGCGCUGGAGGAGCAGCUCAAAAACAUCAUGCAGAAGGAUACCCGUCGUUUCCACAGGUGGGUCGGUUUCAGCAAGGAAGUCAAGAGUCUCGUCCUCGAGCUGACCGCCCAGCAGGCCAACGCAGACGAGCGUGUGCUGAAGACUGCAAUUCAAGAUCUCGCCUUGGUUGCAACGGGCAUUCCUGGCGCCACGGACCCGACGGAGUCGUGGCUGGAGACGUUCAAGGGGAAUACGUUCAAGGACCUGCAGAAGCACGCCGACGAGACUGUGCUCAAGACCAGCCCGCAGCAGAUGGCGACCUUGAAGUGCCAGCUCCCUGAGGCCACGGCGAACUACAAGAACUCAGUCGCGAUGGCUGGCAAGGCACUGGACGACGCGCUCGCCGUGAACGCUGGCCAGGUCCUGCGCGACUGCGCCACUACGAAGGCCUACGGUGUGCUCAUGAAGAAGUUCAGCAGCGACAUGUGCCUCGACGACCUCCGCGACGUCGUCGCCGCAGAGGUCAAGGCGUGGAGGGCGGAGACGAAGCUCAAGGAGAAGGACGCCUUCCACAAGCUGAUCCUGGCGAGGGUUGUGAGCGCCCUGCAGAAAAAAAGGCGAGCUAGGAUGCUCGCGGCCUGCGCAGCUGCGGUGAGAGAUCUCAACAGGACCCAGCAGGAGUUCGUAGGCGGCGAGCGCCUGCGGGGGCGCAACAUCACGCAGCGGCCCGUGAACGGCGGGGCGGCGUGCGAGGGGCCGCUCAAGCAGGUGAGUGAGUGCGGCAGGACCAAGUGCAAGGAGCCCGACCCGGUCGACUGCCGGCUCGGGGACUGGGAGGAUUGGGGCGCGUGCGGCAAGUGCGGAGGCCAGCGCAAGCGGGCCCGCUCCGUGAAGCAGUACGCCGAAAAUGGCGGUGCGGGCUGCGACGAGUUCGUCGGGGAGGAGACAGGCGAGUGCCCGCGGGACUGUGGCGAGGAGAUGCGCUGCAUGUGGACCAGCUGGGGCGACUGGAGCGCCUGCAGCGCUGACUGCGGGGCUGGCAAGCGCAGCCGCCGCCGCGGCUUGGAGCUCACUGCGGUCCCCACGGAGGAGCUCAACGCCUCGGCAUCUCGCGGAGCUCACCGGCGCGGCAGCAGGGCCCCCGCAGGGCAGACUCAGCUACCAGCCAGCGACGUGGUGGCCAAGUACGAGGCCCUGUACGCCUCCACGCUGGCCCAGGAGCACGGGCACGCACGGGAGCUGGCCGCGGCCUUCGCGGGCGGCUUUGGCAGCCUGCUGGUGCUCGCUGCGGGCCUGCGCUCGGCCUGCGCUCCGCGCCGUGUGCGCGGCCUCGGCUCCGAGGCGCCGCAGGAGUGGGCGCCCCCGCGCGGCCACGCCCCCGUGGCGCAGGCCGAGGACGAGUGA